AUGCCGACCGUCAAGACGAAGCGCUGCCAGAAGCCAGCGCCCUGCUGGCAGGGCUGCGGCAGAUCGACUUCCAGCACGUGCAGGCGACGGCGCCCAGGCUUUCCCGAGACAUCCUCCAGUGGCAUCAAGCAACAGGACAGAAUCUCUACAACCGCCUGGCGUCGCUGA